UCUGCUUCUUUAACGACAUUUCAAACUCCCCCAGUUUUAAUCUCUCUCUCUCUCUCUCUCCCGCUUUUUUUAUCGCGAAGAGAGCGAGAGAGACCUUCGCUCCUCCGUCUUCUCGUUCUCCAGUUUUCUGUACAAGUCCACUCGUUCAUCGUCAAUUUUCGCUUCUCUAUUCUGUCUGUUCCCCCAGAAGCUUCAGGCGAUCCAAUCUUCUUUAUUACAAUUCUUUAGAGCGAAAAGACAUGGCGCGAUCGGUACAAUCAAUGUUGAGGGAGAGAAAGUAUCCAUUUCUCUUCGCUUUCUUCCUCUUGCUCGUCUGCGUUGCAGUCCUUCUCUUCACCAACAAUCGGCUUCCUUCUUUAUCUGCCACCGAUCUUGAAAAUCUUGAAAAAUCUCAGACGAUCUCUUCAUCUCCUGCCAAUGUAUCGAUCUCUCCUCCAACCCGAAGCCCUGCCAAGGGAAAGAAGCCGAAGCUUCUUGUUUCUUCCUCGGAUGGGAUCUCCAACGGCAGCACUCAGUUGAUCUCAAUCAUGUGGACUGCUUGUAAAGGUUCUGCGGCUAUUGAUUACAUACCGUGUCUUGAUAACAUGAAGGCUAUAAAGGCGUUGAAGUCUAGAAAGCAUAUGGAGCACAGGGAGCGGCAUUGCCCUAAUCCUAGCCUCCUGUGUUUGGUUCCUCUUCCGCAGGGGUACAAAAUUCCGGUACCGUGGCCGAGAAGCAGGGACACGAUCUGGUUUAAUAACGUCCCUCAUCCUAAACUCGUUGACUACAAGAAAGACCAAAACUGGGUUACAGCAUCCAAUGAUUACCUUGUUUUUCCUGGAGGUGGUACUCAAUUUAAACAUGGAGUGGGAAGUUACACAGAGUUUAUAGAAAAGACUGUACCAGGUAUUCAAUGGGGGAAGCACACAAGGGUUGUCCUAGAUGUUGGUUGUGGUGUGGCUAGCUUUGGUGGCUACUUGCUGGAGAAAGAUGUUAUUACCAUGUCAUUUGCCCCAAAGGACGAACAUGAAGCUCAAAUACAGUUUGCUCUGGAGAGAGGAAUUCCUGCAAUUCUUUCUGUUAUUGGGACACAAAGAUUGACUUUCCCUGAUAAUGUAUAUGAUUUGAUUCAUUGUGCAAGAUGCAGGGUCCACUGGUAUGGAGAUGGUGGAAAGCCAUUGGUAGAGCUAAACAGGAUUCUUAGACCAGGAGGGUUUUUUGUAUGGUCUGCUACACCAGUUUAUCUUACAGAUGAAAAGCAUCAGAGUGUCUGGAAUGCCAUGGUAACAUUGACAGAAUCUAUCUGCUGGAAGAUGGUAGCAAAAACUAAAGAUUCAGAUGGCAUUGGACUUGUAAUAUAUCAAAAAUCUGUCUCGAAUUCUUGUUAUGAAGAGCGCAAAGAAAGUAUUGUUCCUUUGUGUGAUCAAAAGAACAGAAAUGCAACUUCAUGGUAUACACCCCUUGAUGGCUGCAUUCCCCUACUUCCAGCAGCUGGCACUCUUGGAAACCUAAACUGGCCUACACCCUGGCCCAAAAGGCUUAGCAGUAAACCUCCAAGUUUACCAAUGGAACCAAGUGGUGAAAGAACAUUCUAUGAAGACAGUAAACGCUGGCAUUCACUUGUAUCAGAUGUUUAUUUGGAAGGGUUGGCUAUCAACUGGUCAAGCAUUAGGAAUGUGAUCGAUAUGAAUGCUGGUUAUGGAGGAUUUGCUGCAGCACUUAUUGAUCAACCUCUCUGGGUAAUGAAUGUUGUGCCCAUUGACAGACCGGAUACUCUACCUGUAAUUUUUGACAGAGGGUUGAUUGGAAUUUAUCAUGAUUGGUGUGAGGCUUUCAAUACAUACCCUCGAACUUAUGAUCUUCUGCACUCCAGUUACCUAUUUGGAAAUCUCACGAAAAGGUGUGACAUUGUUUAUGUUGUUGCGGAGAUGGAUCGGAUAUUGAGACCUGGUGGAUGGAUUUUGGUGCGAGACAACUUGGAAGUGAUUAAUAAGAUAAAUCCAUUACUGCGCUCACUUCACUGGGAGACCAAUCUAUACGAAGGUGACUUCCUUGUUGGCAGGAAGGGUUUCUGGCGUCCCACUGAUGCAGGACAAUGAACAUGAGUAGAGUUCCACACUUUACCACUGUAUAAUCUUACGUUUCAUCUCUGUUCUUUUAUCAAUUGUAGUGAAAAAUAUUAUUUGAGCCUCAUUAGUUGCUUUGAUAGCUUUCAGUGUUUGUGGGGCAGAACUUUUAGCACAUUCAUGUGUUAUAUUUACAUAGAAUUGGAAUGAACAUCGAUUAGGUCUAGCUUAUAAGAUUAAAUAGCCCAAGCAAGUCAA